AUGAAGAGCGUUGCUAUGGAAACGGCUGGGAGGGCCGUCUGUGAUCACGUGACCCGGCGGUUUGCCAAAGUAUACAGAUAUAAUCUCCUGCUCUACCUGGGCAUUCAGAUCAGGGUCAUGGCUCCAUUUUUGGGUGUGACUCUGCUGGCCUUGGCUCUGAUAGCUCCCACCUCGGCCUUCUUUCCUAUCGGGGGCGGGGGGGUGAGUCAUGUCAGCAUCACGGGAACCGCCAUCCUGCAAAAGAUCAGGGAGACCUGUCAGGAUAUGGCCGAGGACGCCGGGGAGGACUUCAACCCCACCGGCCCGUCUCCUGAGGAGCUGAUCCAGGCCUGUUUGGGCCCCUCGGCAACGGGUCAGGGCCCGUCUCCUGAGGAGCUGAUCCAGGCCUGUUUGGGCCCCUCGGCAACGGGUCAGGUGUCCGGGGCCAACGUGUGGAGGAUCCUGCCCAGUGUUUCUCUGGCUGCCUUGAAGUUUUCCUUGCCGACGUUUGCCUUGAUGGCGCCCAUGCCUUCGGUGAUGAGGGCACGCCCCUCCAGGAAGGCCUCGGAGUUGAAUGCUCCUCAUCACUUCAACUCCGAGGCCUUCCUGGAGGGGCGUGCCCUCAUCACCGAGGGCAUGGGCGCCAUCAAGGCAAACAUCGGCAAGGAAAACUUCAAGGCAGCCAGAGAAACACUGGGCAGGAUCCUCCACACGCUGCAGGACUUCUACAGCCACAGUAACUGGGCGGAGAUCGGCCACACGGAGCCCGUACAGUUCAAUAUCGUCUUUGAGUACACCUUUGAUGGAGAUGUGGUCACUCACACCUGUAGUGACUGUGCGAGUGGCACAUGCUCCAAUCAGAUUCUUCCCAUAAUCCUGAGGGAGAAGAAGCUCACAUCGGGCUACCUGGAAACCUCCUCUGCUGCAAAACCAGCCGAUCUUGUCCCUUGCCGCAGAGUCUUAGUAGAGCAAUGCACCCCUCUGAGUCUCUCUGCGCUGAGAGGCCAGGAGCAGUACGCCUUUGAGAGGGUGGACUACAGUCUGCAGGAGCACAACUACUUCAGUAAUGGAGACAGAAACUCUGAGGUGUCUCUUUGUGCGAUCAAGCAGGAGGACUCAUACAGUGAUUCUUGUGUUGAGCAUGUCGUGAAGCAAGAAGAAGGGACAGAGGAGGAUUCUGUUAUUCCAGCGGAGAAUAAGGGCUCAAUGGUCCAAGAAUGUUCAGCAGAAGUUAAUUUCCCUCAAAGAGAUGUAGAGACUCAAGUGAUUCCGCCUAAUCUGCCACGGUCGGGAGGCCUAGAGGGUACCCGGGACCAGUCCUCUGACCCACGGCAUUCGUUAGUUAUUUCACUCAAAGACGCACUCAGCGAUGACAUUAAAGAAGAGUACGACGGUAAUCAAAGCUCAACGGAGGCGUGUGAAGAACCCACGCCGUCUGAAAAACCAGAACCGGUCCCACAAGAACCCGACCGAACUGGUUCAGCACCGAUGAGUGAGAAAAGCAAACCGAACGAGCAACAACAGGCAGAUUUGCACUGUACAGAGAAAGAGCUGGCAAAGUCUGGGCCGGGGAACCCAGAUGAAGUGUGUAAAGAUCCAAAAGAUGGCCCGUUGGAAGGAGAAGGCGGAUCUACGACUAACUUGUUAGUACGACGUAAAAGAGGACGGCCGCCAAAGAAAACAAAACGGAAAGGGAUCCUUCUGUUGUCCGCCGAGGCUCCAAAAGGGCCUCAGGGACCAAAUGCUUCGUCAGUAAGAGUGGAUCUGAUGGAAGUAUCUCCUGCAUUGGAAAGAGGAGCUGAUUCUUCAGAAGCUUCAUCCAUCCAAGAUACCGCCAACAAGGAUGUGAGGGAAGUCGGUACUUCUCCCGUUCCCGCUGGAGCUCUGAGAUGGAAGAAGAAGAAGAAGAAGCUGCGGAGGCUCGACCGUGUGGAGGUUCAACAGGAAGUCCGACCCCAAACGGUCCACGAGAAAAAGAAUUGCAUGUUCCAUCAGGUUCAAAGUAAAGUCGUCAUAGCAACACCACCCCUAGCCCCCAUGGUUUUCAGCACCGGGUCAGUGAUGUCGGCUGCCGGGACUCAGACGGCUCAAAAGUCUCCCCCGCGUCCCCAAAUAACAUUGGGAGCCCCUAGCAAUACACCUCGCACAAUUAUUGUUGUUCCAAGGCCUAUUGUUGAAUGUCAGAAUAUCGCAAACGUGACCCCGACAAUGGGGGCUAGAGUCCUCUCGGCAAAUCUACUUCCUCCAUCCACAGCUCUAAAAUUACCUCUCGGAAUAUGUCCCAUAUCCUCCCCUGUGCCACGGAAAACAAUCAGAAUCACCUACAACAAGCUGCUCCCCAUCCUGCCCCUACAGUCCACCACCAUCUCAACAGAGACCUCCACAAACGCUCCCCCGCAACAAAAAAUAACCAUUACUCCAAAACAAAUGUCAGCCGAGACCAUAUCGAAAGCGGAGGCCAUUGUUUUUACUGCUAAUGCUCCCAAACCAGCUCCAAUAGAACCAGCAGCACCACAGGUUUCAGGCUCACAUGAUUCCAGUCCAGGAAAUAUAGACGAAACGGUGAAGGAUGCAGAAGUACAAAUGGACCCAUCCAGCCAAACUACCUCAGUUUCUGAAACCAGCCACUCUCCCUCAGGAAUAUGUUCAGACAUUUCCGUUGAACCAACUUCUGUGUCUUCAGCAUCACCCUCCAUUUCCCACCGGAAACUCUGCCCAGUGGUCAGAUUAAGGAAACUCCCCUUACGCAUAUCGACCAGAGAGGCCAUCUUUGUGUCCAGACUUCAGUCAGAAGGUUUCAUUCAAGAAUCAUCCAAAUCCAAAUGUUCACUCUCAGGAAUUCCAACUCCCUCUCCUGUAAACACCCUCCGGAAAACCCCCGAUAUCGAGCCAAACCCUGUUAAUUCCCCAACAGUCCAGGAUAGGACGGACCCAUCUCCUUUACCUGCUUCAGCCAGUGAAGCAAUUCCUCAUGUGAGCCAUGACAUUUUAGAUAGUAAUGAGCAAGAGAACAAAGCCGGUGGCCUAUUGGGGUCAAGCUCUACGGGAACAUGUGACCUCCAGCUACAGAUGACCCAGACUCAGUUCCUGGCACAACUGUCUGUAUCGCCAGUUACCCAAGACCUGGACCAGGAGAAAAAGUGUAGCUCUGAGGACUCGGGAGAUGUCGCAGAGAGCAGAACCAGUAGAGAGAAAAGCCUGAAGAACAACUCCAUUGUUGCCAGACUUCGAAGCCACUUGAGAACUCACAUAUACACCAGAAAAUCUAAGAGAAAGGAAACGAAUACAGAAAUCGUCCCAAAGAGCCAGAAGAAACCCAGAUUACACAAUGAGAGCUCGAGUAAAGAAACUGCUAACUCAACAGAAUCAGGUGGAAAUGAGAGUAUUGUCUCAUCAGGGACUGUUGGUUGCCCAGCCUCUGCCAAUUCUAACCCAAUAAAAGAGAGCGCAACCCUCGAAAGCUCUAAACCUAGUUCUGUGAGUCUGAACCGAUCUCCUUCAGAGGGUUCAAGAAACAAAACAUCCAGUUCGACAAGUCCCAUAAAUGAAGACGGUCCCAGAUCUAAAGUGACUGGAGAUGGUUGUACCCCAAAAAGCACCAAAUCCACCUCCACCAGACAGGACAAGGCGGUGGGCAGUAGCCCUAAGAAGACCGACUCUCUCUUAGUUGGCUUUAGAAAACCCUGUGCAGCCGGCACUAAGGAAAUGUCCAGCAACACUAACGGUUUCGCUUUCAUCAAUUUAAGUCCAAGCAAGACGUCGAUUAAAGAGGAAUCCAAUUCUCCGAGUCCUGUCAAAUUGAGCGUACGUUCAGUCAGCGAAGUGACUAAAAAGGCAGAAAGGAUCAGACCUAAAAAAGCUAAAAAAUUCCAGUCUGCCAAGACGACCAGAACAAUCAAGAGCCAACAGGCUCUGACGGGGAACCUGAAAAGCAUCAACGCUUUGAAACUAGCCAAGACGGCCAAAGCCAAGAAGAUGGCUAAAAUAAAAAAGUCCAAAUGGCAGAAACCGGCCGAGGCGGAGAACCGCGUGAACCCGGAGGUGAAGAAGUGCCGAGCUAAAGUGUGGUACCCCCCCACUCUGCCCCCCAACGAAGUGCCUUCCACGGAGAUCCGGAGGCCUCCGCCGGUGAAGGUGGAGUACAAGAUCCCCCUGAUCCCCUUCAACCCGGACCCCGUGGUUUCUCCCCUCCAGCCUCUGGCGGUCAUCGGGAAGCACCUGCUCAGGAACCAGUGCGGCCAGUGCGGGCGCACCUUCGGGAGCCGCGCGGGGCUGGAGGCCCACGUGGUUCUCCACGGGCGCCACCAGCCCUUCUGCUGCCCGCUCUGCGGGAAGAGCUUCCCCGACGCCAAGACCUUCAAACGGCACGGACGCGUGCACCGGAACGGGCGCAUCCACGUGUGCCGGGAAUGCGGGAAGGGGUUCGUUUAUCCCUUCGGACUCACCAAGCACGAGCAGAUGGUCCACGGCCGGAUCAAGCCCUUCAUCUGCCAGGUCUGCAACAAGGGCUUCUUCACCAAGAGGGACGUGGAGGUCCACAUCCGGAUCCACACCGGGGAGAAACCCUUCCACUGCCACCUGUGCGAGAAGAAGUUCACCAGGAGGGUGGAGCUGAACGUGCACCUGCGCUGGCACAACGGGGAGAAGAGGCACUGGUGCCCCUUCUGCGGGAAGGGGUUCCUGGACUUCAACAACCUGAAACGGCACAAAUACACCCACACCGGGGAGAAACCCUACACCUGCCCGCACUGCCCCAAAAAGUUCACGCAGACCGGACACCUGAAAAAGCACGUGAAGAACGUGCACAAGGGCCAGUGA